GAAAGGAUCAACAAACAGAGCUCAACCACCACCGAACCUCUCCAUCCACUUCAGCAGUGAAAUCUUCAACCAUGAGUAUGAGAAGCAAGCGCAGCAGCCGUCCAGGACUAGGCACAUCCUCAGAGGGCUUCAGCAGCAUGUCCAUGGGAUCCUACUCCAUCCCCAGGAUGAGCAGCGGGGGUUAUCAGGGGGCUUCCAUUAAAGCCGUGACCGUCAACAAGAGCCUGCUCACCCCGAUAAACGUCGACAUCGACCCCAACAUCCAAAUGGUUCGCAACAAGGAGAAAGAGCAGAUCAAGGGUCUCAACAAUCGUUUUGUCACAUUCAUUGAUAAGGUGAGGCACUUGGAGCAGCAGAACAAAAUGAUGGAGACCAAGUGGAAUAUGAUGAAGGGACAGACCACCGCCUCCUCUUCUGUUGAACCCAUGCUGAAGUCCUACAUCGCCAGCCUGCAGCAGCACCUGGACUUUCUCAACAAUGACAAACACAGACUGGACAUGGAGAACAAUGUCAUGCACAAAAGUGUGAACGACAGCAAGACAAAGUAUGAGGAUGAGAUCAACAAAAGAAAUGAUGCGGAGAAUGAGUUUGUCCUGAUCAAAAAGGAUGUGGACGCAGGCUGUAUGUCCAAGGUGGAUCUACAUGACAAGGUGUCUAUGAUAAGUGAUGAAGUCAACUUCCUCAAGGCUAUGUAUGACCAGGAGCUGUGUGAGCUGCAGGACAGCCUGAAGAUGACCUCUGUGGUGGUGCAGAUGGACAACUCCCGAGCUCUGAACAUGGAUCAGAUCGUGGCAGACGUCAAGGCUCAGUAUGAGGACAUUGCUGGUCGCAGUCGUCAAGAAACUGAAAACUGGCACAAGAGCAAGUUUGACCAGAUCACAGCCACAGCCGAUCAGUAUGGCAGUGAUCUGCGCAGUUCCAAGGGGGAAAUAUCUGAGCUCAAUCGAAUGAUCAGCCGCCUGCAGAAUGAGAUCCUGGCUGUAGAGUCACAGCGUGCCAACGUUGAGGGCCAGGUAACUGAAGCUGAGCAGCGCGGGGAGGGGGCCGUGCAGGAUGCCAAGGCUCGCAUCAAGGACCUGGAGCGGGCUCUGCAGAGGGCAAAGCAUGACAUGGCUCUGCAGCUCAGAGAGUACCAGGAGCUCAUGAAUGUCAAGCUGGGCCUGGACAUAGAGAUCUCCACCUACAGGAAACUGCUGGAGGGAGAGGAGGAAAGAAUUGGACAGGACUCUAUUGUGAACAUCCAAACUGUGCAAAACCAAACCGUCCAUGUUGACAACCCCAGGCCACGAAGGCAAAGUGCAAUCCUCAUCAAGACAGUGGAGACCCAAGACAUAUCAACAUGGAACUAAUGCAGAAAAAACCUACAAUAUAUUAGCCUGCUGGAUCCCCUUGACCAUUUAACUCGAACAUUUGCAUUAAUCUCAUUGUAACCUACAUUAAGACAGCUGUACCAACUAACCAUUACUUCCUCUCCCAUUGAAUGAAACAUGAAUGACCACUUCCUGUGUUUUUAAUAAAGAUGUGCUCAGUUGCAUGA